AGCAGCGGAGGAGGCGGCGCUGCGCGGCGGCGGCGGCGGGCGUGGCUUUGGCGCGAGGGCCGGCGGAGCCUGUGCUUGGGGAAGGCCCGGCUCAGAGCAGAUGGGGAGGCGCGCAGGGCCGGCGACAUGGCUGUUGAUUUGGAGGAACAAGAUGACUACCACCACAGUGCGAACUCUUUGUACAAACCGGUGGAUGUCACUACCCAAGAAGAGACACCCCUGUUCGAGGAGCCAGAGGGAAACAGACACGGUUUUCACAAGCCUAAAGAUCACUUCAAUGGCACCUACAUUAUUUUCUUCCUUCUGGGGACUAGUUCUCUCUUGCCUUUGAACUUCAUCAUCACUGCAAAGAAUUACUGGAUGUACAAACUUCAGAACUGCUCAGAAGAAGUCUCUCCAGCAGAGCAGGGAACUUCGGAUGUUCGUGACUUCUUUGAAAGCUACAUUUCCAUGGCUUCCACUGUGCCUUCUGUGCUGUGCUUGAUUGGGAACUUCCUGCUAGUCAACAAGGUCUCCGUCAGCGUGCGCAUUCUCUCCUCCCUGGUCACCAUGCUGGCUGCCUUGGUGGUGAUCACGGUGCUGGUGAAAGUGGACACCUCCACCUGGACUUCGGGUUUCUUCGUCAUCACCAUCGUCUGCGUGGUUGUCUCCAGCAGCGCUGCCACCAUCUUCAGCAGCAGCGUCUUCGGCCUGACGGGAAGCUUUCCCAUGCGGAAUUCCCAAGCGCUGAUUUCAGGUCAGGCCAUGGGAGGAACAGUGAGCGCCGUGGCAUUGGUGGUGGAUCUGGCAGCGGCACCUGAUGUUACAGACAGUGCUUUGUCCUACUUCCUGACAGCAGACCUCUUCGUUAUUCUUUGUAUUGGGAUGUACUUGAUCCUUCCCAAGCUGGAGUAUUCCAGGUACUAUAUGGAAAGGCGACAGGGCAGCACGCAGCCACCAUGUGUCUUGCCUAGUGACUAUUUGGAGGAUGUUGAUACAGCCACAGGCAACACCAGCCUGCUUCCCCCAGACAGAAACCAGAGAGGAAGAAUCCCUCCCUUGGGAUCCAUCCUAAAGGAGAUGGGUGUGCUGGGCUUCUGCGUCUUCUACGUCUUCUUCAUCUCUAUCAUCAUCUUCCCUGCAAUCUCAUCCAGCAUAGAGUCUGUCGACAAGGUCCCAGGGAGCUUGUGGACGGACAAGUACUUCACACCCCUCACUAGUUUCCUUCUGUACAAUUUUGCCGACUGGUGCGGACGGCAGAUCACCGUCUGGAUCCAGGCCCCUGGACCAAAGAGCAAGUUGCUGCCGGCUCUGGUUCUGCUGAGAACUUUCUUCGUGCCAGUCUUCAUGCUGUGCAACUUCCAACCUCGGAAACACAUCGCAAAGGUCUUCUUCACCCAGGAUGCCUAUCCGGUGGUCUUCACAGUAUUGCUCGGAUUCAGCAACGGCUACCUGAAUACAUUAGCCAUGAUGUAUGGCCCCAAAGUCACACCAAAAGAGCUGUCAGAGGCAGCCGGAGUAUUGAUGAUGAUGUUCUUGCAGUUGGGGCUGGCUUUGGGAUCCGUCUUCUCGGUUCUUGCUGUCCACCUCAUGUAGAAGGAAGCAGGGGGAAGAUUCAAGUCCAUCCCCUGAGCUUUGGGG